AUGGAAGUUCUGACUUCAAUUCUAGGUUCAGCUGCGGUAGAAAUAAGCCGUAGGUGCUGUGGCUCCUUUUCUAACAUCAAAAACUUCAUCAGAUUCCAAUCAAACCUCAAUGAUUUAGAAAAAAAGAUGAAGAGUCUGAUAGAUCUUCGCAACAAUGUGAAAGAAGAAGUUGAUUUAUCUAAUACACAAAAGAUGGAGUGGCUUAGAGAUGUCCAACAAAUCAUUUUCGAAGCAGAGCCUGUGCAAGCAGGUAGGACAACCAACAAACAAAAACUUUGUGGGUGUUUCUUUAAUUGCAGUGAAAGAUAUGAAUUCAGCAGGGAAACGGUUAGAAUUGUCAAGGAGAUAGAAAGGCUUUUGAAGAUUGGGAAUAUCAUUGCUAGAACAGAAUGUGUGAACUAUUUGGCUAAAAAGGUUAAGUAUAUCCCUGGACCGUCAAUCAGAAAUCAAACGACAGCACCAAAUAGUUUAGCCAAAGUUAUGAAUCUAUUGAAUGAUGAUAAUGUUCAGAGGAUUGGUGUUUGGGGCAUGGGGGGAGUGGGCAAGACUACCCUGGUGAAGAACUUGAACAACAAUCUCAAGAACACCUCUUCCACUCAACAAUUUGGCGUGGUAAUAUGGGCUACUGUGUCCAAGGAGCUAGAUUUAAAAAGGGUUCAAAUACAAAUAGCGGAGAGACUGAAUCUUGAAAUGAGAAUGGGAGAAAGUGUGGAGAGGUUAGCUGUUCGACUUCAUCAGAGGCUCCAACGGGAGAAUAAAUUUCUUCUUAUCUUGGAUGAUGUGUGGCAGAUGAUUGAUUUGGAUGCUUUGGGUGUUCCGCAACCUGAAGUUCAUACAGGAUCUAAGAUCAUUUUGACAUCUCGAUCUUUAGAGAUAUGUAGGGAGAUGAAGACUGAUGAAGAAGUAAAAGUCGAUGUUCUUAAUGACGAAGAAGCAUGGCAAUUGUUUAGUAGAAGUGCCGGGAAGGUAGCUACUUUAAAGCAUAUUGAACCAUUAGGGAGGGUGGUUGCCAGAGAAUACAGCGGUUUGCCUUUGGCUAUCAUCACUGUGGGGACAACUAUGAGGGGGAAGACAAUGAUUGAACUGUGGAAGGAUGCCUUGAACGAGUUGCGAAGGUCAGUUCCUCAUAUCAGAGGCAUAGAGGAUAGAGUUUUCAGGCCCUUGAAGUGGAGUUACGAUUCAUUACAAGGUAAAAACAUCAAACCUUGUUUUCUGUACUGCGCUUUGUAUCCGGAAGAUUUCUCUAUUGAAGUAAGCGAACUGGUAAAUUGCUGGCUGGCGGAAGGCUUGAUAGAUGAACAACAAAAUUAUGAGGACUUGCACAAUAGGGGAAUUGCUCUGAUUGAAAAUCUAAAGGACUCUUGUUUAUUGGAAGAAGGAGCCCACGAGAGCACUGUGAAGAUGCAUGACGUAAUUCGUGAUGUUGCUAUAUGGAUAUCAUCCUCCUUGGAUGAUGGUUAUAAAUCACUUGUCCGGUCAGGAAUUGGCUUGACUCGGAUUUCAGAAGCUGAAAUGUCCACAUCUCUCAAGAGAAUCUCUUUCAUUAACAACAAAAUAGUAGGUUUGCCGGAUCGUGGAAUUCAAUGUCCAGAGGCCUCAAGUUUACUAUUGCAAGGCAACCUUCCCCUUGAGAGAAUUCCUUAUGGAUUUCUGCAAGCAUUUCAAUCACUCCAGAUCCUGAAUGUUAGUGGAACCAACAUUCAGUCAUUGCCUCAAUCCAUUCUCCAUCUGGUUGACCUUAAAGUGCUCCUAUUGAGGGAUUGUCGUCUUCUUGAAGAAUUAACCCAAUUGGGCAUGCUGAGCAAACUCCAAGUGCUUGAUUGCUGUGCGACUCGUAUUAGAGAACUUCCAAGUGGAAUGGAAAAUUUGAGCAAUUUAAGAGUAUUAAACAUAUCCCGCACUCACUACCUACAAUCUAUUCAAAGUGGGAUUUUAUCCAGAUUGUCUAGUUUGGAGGUUCUACAAAUGGCACACAGUGCUUACAUUUGGAGAAAAUCAACGGACGAAGUGUUGGGAUGCCUUGGACGAUUAUUUAUCUUAUCAGCAAGAUUUGCGACCAUUCCAUCUUUUAUCUCUGAAGAUCCUACCUGGAUAGGUAGAUUAAAAAGAUUCCAAUUCUAUAUAGGUCCGGAAGCAAUCUCCAUGCCAAGUAAACAUGACAAAAGAAAGGUGACAAUCGGUGGUCUUGAUCUUUCAGGUGAAUGGAUCCGUUGGUUUCUGCCUAAUGCAUGUUCAUUUGUCCUGAAUCAUUGUCGAGGGCUGAAGCAAAUGCUUGAAACCUUGGUCAUACACAGAGUUGAUCAUUUUGCCAGUUUGAAAUCUCUAAUCAUUGCAAGUUUCAACAGCAGCUUAAGGCCGGAUGGAGGAUGUGCCGCCCAUUGUGAUCUGCUACCAAAUUGAGAACUCGGUCUCCAUAAUCUGACUUGUUUAGAAAACAUUUCAGAACUAGUUGGUCAUCUUGGUCUGAGAUUUACGAGACUAAAAUCCAUGGAAGUAUCUGUGUGUCCUCGAUUAAAAUGUCUUUUCUGGGUUAGUUUCCUUCCUGCCCUGCCAAACCUGGAAAAAAUAGAGGUCAGCUUUUGUGAUGAGUUGGAGCUCUUUAAUUGUUCUGCAGAAAGUUUUGUUCCAGAACCCAUUGCUCCAAAUCUAAAGACAGUUGAACUGAAGAAACUUGGCAAACUAAAAACUUUCUACAAUCAUGAACAAUCCUGGCAAAGUCUAGAGGAGAUUGAGGUUGAAGGUUUUAGCCAGAGAACACUAAGAGAGAGAAAACAGAGCACCCGAAAACUUUUGCAUAAAAGGCUUACAUAUUUUCAUUGA